AUCACUGAUUUUUUUUCUCAGCUUUAUGUGUAAACUCGAAAUAUAAUUCAAUGGAAGAGGCAAGUACAUCCUCUACUAAUGUGGAGGAAGACGUUUCAAAGAUUGAGGAUGCUCAAAGCAAAAAGCAACAAAGAUUGGAACGCCUUCGAGAUUUGAAAAUGCGUCGCAAUGAAGCCAGAAAAUUAAAUCGAGCUGAGGUAGUCGAGGAAGAUCGCAGAAGUAAACUUCCAGUAAACUGGGAAAACCGAAAGAAAAAAGCUGAAUGGGAAUUAGCAGAAAUUGAAAAAAAGAAACAAUGUGAAGAAGAUGGUGAAGAAUACGAUCGAGUAAAACUACUUAAUGUCAGUGCGAUUGAUGCAGAAAGAAUUGAUAAGUUUAAAAGAAGAAAAAAGAAUCCGGAUCAGGGAUUUUCGACUUAUGAGGAGGCUUCAGCAAGGCAAAAUCGGCGUUUAGUGGGACAAAUCAAGCCAAAUAUGGAAGCAUACGAAAAGCAGCGACAGCAAGUUGGAGAUGACAUUUUCUAUGCGAAUGUUAAUACAAUAUUGCCAGGAAAGGUUAAGGACACCCCUGAAGCUCUGACACGUUUAGUUGAAGAUCUUGAAAAACAGAAAGAGAAAUCGAAACGCUUUCACCGGAGACGAUUUUUCAACGAUGAUAAAGAUGUGGAUUACAUUAAUGAAAGAAACUCUAAAUUUAAUGCUAAAGCUGAACGAUUUUACGGCAAAUAUACUGCUGAAAUUAAGCAGAAUUUAGAAAGAGGAACAGCUGUAUAAAUAUUAUAUAUCAAGACAUAGUCACUUUGGCUCAAUAGCAAGGUGUACAUGACUAAGAUUGUACAAAUUGGUGUACUGGUGAGCGGUGACUUUGGUCACGGCAUCAAGCUCUAUAUUCUCGGAGGUUUUUAACUGGAGAAGCAUUUUAUCACCUUGGUUUAAACCAUAUUUUUACUUUUUAUUUGAUUGUUUAUACUCGCCUUAUGCAUAAUGAAGGUUCAUUAGAUGCCUAGAUGUCGUGUGAGAAAUUGUUCGGUCCUGUUAUAAAUUCAUUAAAAAUGCUGUGAUUCAUUUGAAUUAAUUCACUUGGCUGUCAUGACAAUAUCAACCUAGUGAAAGUCGUGUUAGGGAUCGCUAACUGAAUUCAACAUUAUCGAGUGGCUCUAUACCAGCAAGGGGCAUGCAACCUACGACCAAAUGCGAUCCAGAAGGAAAAAUUUGACGCACCCCAUAAAACGAGUUUUUAAUUGUGUUACGUGCGAGUAAUUCCAACCAAUCUUUUUGCCUUUUUAUCACCUUUGUCCAUAUAACAAUUCCCUAACAGCAAGCUAGCUUGCACGAAGCGAACAACGCAUGUCAUAAGAUCAAUAAAUAGAAUUUUUGUGCCUUAUGUUGUGCAACCUUCGUUUAUGAUAGCCUUUCUAGUAGUUGUAGCUGCUCUUCAAAUAGACUUUAAACGAAUUCAGUGAGAAACACGUUUUUAUACUAUUGU